AUCUAGGAAUAGGGAAGUGAUUUCCUCACUUGGUGCUGUGCCGUAUCACAAAAGAAACGCAAAAAGUGCGCUCAAUUUUCAAGCUGCAUCUCACAAAAAAGGUUUUUGGUGGUUCGACUUGACUCAAACAGGUCAUGGUUAAGAUGCAUCCAUAUCUCCAACUAGCUUUCUUUGCCUCGUUGCUGCGAAUUCCUUUGGCUUUAGGAGACUGUGUUGAUUCGGGCCUUGGAAUGGAAGAUGGAGAAAUCCGGAAUAAUAAAGUAACUGCUUCUUCUGAACAAAGUGCCAACACACCGGCCAAGAAUGGUCGACUAAACUACAUAGCAGGAUCAUCAUGGUGUGCAGGAACAAGUGACACUAACCCAUAUCUACAGAUUAAUCUACGGACACUUCAUAUCAUCUGUGCUGUGUCCACUCAAGGGAAUUCUCAAGCAGAUCAGUGGGUAACAAACUACACCCUACAACUAUCUACAGAUGGGACAACUUGGACAGACUAUAAAGAGGGUGGACAAGUAAUGGUCCUCAGGGGAAAUAAUGACAGAGCCACAAGUGUUAAACAUGUUAUUUAUGAAGUAUUAACAAGGUAUCUUCGAUUCCUGCCACAAACUCACCAAGGUGGGGUGUGUAUGAGAACAGAGGUGUUUGGAGUGGUCAAACAACAGCGAGUUUGUGAGAUGGAGGCCAUCGGUCUGGCCAGUGGUGGUGCAAUUCCAGACAGCAGCUUCACAGCCUCAACAUUUUUCAGUAAUGGAUAUAAACCUUCUUAUGGUCGACUGAAUGGAAGUAGUAGGGGUUGGGCACCCAAGACUAAGACCAAUCCUACUGACUAUCUGCAAAUUGACCUGCUGCAAAACUAUGUCAUCUGUGCUGUAGCUACUCAAGGAGCUAAUGGUAUUGAUGAGUGGACAAAAAACUACAAGAUUCAGUUAUCAUUGGAUGGUACCACCUUUUUCACCUAUAAAGAAAACAAUAUUGACCGGGUAUUUCCUGGAAACUCAAAUCAAAAUAACAUCACCCUAAACAGUCUAAAGGAAUUUUCAAGAGCAAAGUUUAUCCGUUUUCAGCCGACUACAUAUAGUGGUUGGAAGGUUCUGAGAGUGGAAGUUUAUGGAACAGUUCUAAGGAAAGUUUGUGAAAGUGAGGCCAUAGGUCUGGCCAGUGGUGGUAAAAUUCCAGACAGCAGCUUCACAGCCUCAACAUUUUUCGGUAGUGAGUAUAAACCUUCUUAUGGUCGACUGAAUGGAAGUAGCAGAGGUUGGGCACCCAAGACUACAACCAAUCCUGCUGACUACCUACAAAUUGAUCUGCUGUAUGAGUACGUUAUCUGUGCAGUAGCUACUCAAGGAGCUAAUGGUAUUAAUGAGUGGACAAAAAACUACAAGAUCCAGUUAUCGUUGGAUGGUACCACGUUUUUUACCUAUAAAGAAAACACUAUUGAUAGGGUCUUCUCUGGAAACUCAAAUCAAAGUGGCAUCAUUAAAAACAGUCUACAUGAAUUUGCAAGUGCAAAGUUCAUCCGCUUUCAGCCAACAGCCUAUAGUAGUUGGAAGGAUCUGAGAGUGGAAGUUUAUGGAAUUCUUUUAACUAAAGUUCCAUCACAACCUCCUGCAGCCUUCAAGUUGACUGCAAGUUCUUCUACUAGCAUUACAGCUUCCUGGCGGUUACCACCAGUACUCGCGAGACAUGGAAGAAACAUUACAGGGUUUAAACUGUUCUAUAAAGAAAAAAGUGCCGUUGGCCCAGCAACCACCUUGCCUAUUAACAGCGGAUCAACAUUGCUUCAGAAUGUCACUGGACUUGAUAAGUACACAGAAUAUGAAUUUCAAGUCUUGGCUUUCACAUCUGAUGGUGAUGGACCAAAGAGUUGCGUUGAGGUGACGAGAACCAAGGAAGAUGUUCCUUCGGGACCUCCUUCUAACUUCACCCUGACUGCAAGCUCUUCAACUAGUGUAACGGCAUUCUGGCAGUUACCACCAGCAGAUUCCAGAAAUGGAAUCAUCAUAGGAUUUAAAUUCUUUUAUCAAAGAAAAAGCUUUGGAGGACCAGCAACUAUAACAACUAUUAAUAAUGGAACAACCACUGUUAGAGAUAUCACUGGGCUUGUUAAGUACACAGAAUAUGAAUUUCAAAUGUUGGCCUUCACUUCUGUCGGUGAUGGACCAAAGAGUUCUUUAAGGAAUGAAAGAACAAAAGAAGACGUUCCAUCCCAACCUCCAAGAAACUUCAGCGUGAUCUCAAGGUCGUCUACGAGUGUUAGAGUAUCCUGGCAGCUACCAUCUGUUGGAUCCAGGCAUGGAAUUGUCCGGGGAUUUAAAUUAUACUACAAAAAGAGAGGCUCGAGCGGGUUACCAUACACUUUACCCAUUAGAAAUGAGACGAUUGAUAGUAAAGAUGUCACUGGACUAGACAAGUACACAGACUAUGAAUUCCAAGUGUUGGCCUUUACUUCUGUUGGUGAUGGACCGAAGAGUUCUGUUGAAAUCGCGAGAACCAAGGAAGAUGUUCCUACGAGAGCCCCCAGUAACUUUUCACUGACGGCGAGCAAUUCUACCAGUAUCACAGCAUCUUGGCAGUUACCCCCGGCAGACUCCAGAAAUGGAAUCAUUACAGGAUUUAAAUUGUUCUUCAAGAAGAGAGGCUCUUCAGGAUUACCGGCCACUUUAGCUAUGGGCAACGAACAAACUCGUUUUAAACAUGUGACUGGGCUUGAUAAAUACUCCGAAUAUGAAUUUCAAGUGUUGGCCUUCACUUCUAUUGGUGAUGGACCAAGGAGUGCUGUUACAGUCGAGAGGACAAUGGAAGAUGCUCCUUCCAAAGCUCCAGAAAGUUUCACUGUGACUGUACUUAGUUCAACCAGUGUCACAGCUCAUUGGCAGUUACCACCAGCAGACUCCAGAAACGGGAUCAUAGCGGGAUUUAAAUUAUACUACAAAAAGGAUUCUGGAGGCUCGGCAGCCAUAAUUACUCUCAACAAUGGAACGAUCUAUUCUGAAGAUAUCACCGGGCUUGAUAAGUACACAGAAUAUGAAUUUCAAGUGUUGGCCUUCACAUCUGUUGGUGAUGGACCCAAGAGCUCUCUCAUACUUGCAAAGACGAUUGAAGAUGUUCCUUCGGAAUCCCCUGGUAACCUCACCUUGACCGCAAGCUCUUCCACCAGUAUAGCGGCUUCCUGGCAAUUACCAUCAGCAGACUCCAGAAAUGGAAUCAUUGUAGGAUUUAGAUUGUUUUACAAAAGGAAAAGCUCCAGAGAACUAGCAACCAUCAUAACUAUUAACAAUGGAACAAUCACUGCUAGAGAUAUCACUGGACUUGUUAAGUACACAGAAUAUGAAUUUCAAAUGUUGGCCUUCACUUCUGUUGGUGAUGGACCAAACAGUUCCUUGGAGAUUAUGAAAACAAGAGAAGAUGUGCCCUCGAAGCCUCCACGUAAUUUCUCAGUAACUGCGAGCUCCUCUACCAGUAUUACAGCAUCUUGGGAGCUACCACCAGCUGAGUGUAGAAAUGGAGUCAUCAUAGGAUUUAAACUGUUGUACAAGAAGAAGGGUUCUUCGGGUUCUGCAUCCGCUAUAACUAUUUCUAAUGAGACGAUCCAUACUGAAGAUAUCACUGGGCUCGAUAAGUACACAGAAUAUGAAUUUCAAGUGUUGGCCUUCACUUCCGUUGGUGAUGGACCAAAGAGUUCCCUUCGUGUGGAGAGAACAAUGGAAGAUGCUCCAUCCAAAGCCCCAGUUGACUUUUCAGUGACGGCAAGUUCUUCUACCAGUAUUACCUUAUCUUGGAAGCCUCCACCAGAAAAUGCAACACGUGGAAUCGUCACAGGAUUCAAAUUGUUCUACAAAAGAAGCUUCGCAGGAUCUGCUACCACCAUAACUAUUAACAGUGGAGCAUCAUUAAGUAGAGAUGUAACUGAGCUUGAUAUCUACACAGAAUAUGAAUUUCAAGUGUUGGCCUUCACUUCUGUUGGUGAUGGACCACGGAGUGCUGUUGAGGUCGAGAGAACAAUGGAAGAUGCUCCGAGCGCCCCUCUAUCGUUUGGCUAUGAGGAAGUUGCCCCGAAUAAGACACAUGGUCCAAGAAUGAAUUUGACUUGGAGCAAGCCAGCAGAAGCCAAUGGAAUCAUUAGGAGUUACACUAUAUUUUAUGCAAACAAAGAUGGUGAAACUAAGCGAAGUAUUGGAGGAGACGCGUUCAGUUACUUGGUGGAUGUCCUGGGUGGAGUUACUUAUCAUUUCUAUAUCAGAGCUGUAACUAUCAAACCUGGACAGAAUACCUCUUUUUCUGUGAAAACCAAAGAGUACGAGCCUAGCCGUGGACCAGAAAAUGUAAUAUCUUUAGAAGUUAAGCGCACAGAAUAUCAAAUAACCUGGGAUGGUUUGCCUAGAGAGGUAGCAAAUGGGUUCAUCAAAACAUAUCAAGUCAGACUUCUGUUGAAAGAAAGUUGCUCUCCUGUUGACGCUUCUUUUAAUUCGACAUUCAACACAACCAAAACAGAGAUGCUGUUGUCCAGUGUCUCAGUAUGCGCAAGGUAUGAAGUGUCUGUUAGAGCCUUCACUGCGGCGGGACCCGGACCUUACAGCGAGCCUUCAGUGAUCCAGACUCAAGGUGAAGUUUGGUCCCAUGAAAAACCUUCCCCACCAGCAUUUACUACGAAUUCCAGCGACGGAGGAAUCACAGCGAAAAUAACACUACCAAAUUUUACGGGACAUGCAAAUUUUUUUCAAGUCAUCGUCAUUACAUAUCGCUCAGACUACAAUGGUGUCGUAAACCCACCAGCAGAUUUUACAACGCGAGACCUGAUGACUUAUGAAGAAGCUCAUAAAUCUCCACUGCCUGCAGCUUAUGUCACUUUCCAGUUUGGAGGACAUGAUUUUUACAAAUACCAAGUAUUUACUGUUGGAGAUAGAGUCCAAUCAAGCAGUAAAAUAAGGAGCAAGAGGAGUAAUGGCGAAGAGAAUUAUUACAACAAACCACUGCAGCCGAAUACGAACUACAGAGUAUUCCUCCGGGCCUUUGUCUCAGAGACGCUGUAUUCGUCGAGUACUUUCAUAGCGCUGAAAACCAAAGAUAAGCCAGUGGUGAAGGAAUUACCAGACAAGACAACCGUAAUUGUUGGUGAAAAGGUAGUGUUGACAUGUGAGGCCAGUGGAGAUCCACAACCUUCUGUUAGGUGGAGUAAAGAUGGAGACACCAGUAUACCACGGGCUAACUUUAACAACGAUGGUCUGAUUCUUAUUAUCAGAGAAGUGAUACCUCGUGAUAGUGGUAUCUAUGAAUGUACAGCAUCGAAUACUUUUGGAGUGACCCAUGCGGCGACGACUUUGAUAGUUGAUGAUAAACAAAAUAACUUUCUUGAUAAACAAAGCAACUUUCCUGUCGCUGUCAUCGUUGUGCUCUGUGUUGUUCUUCCAUUGUUGGUUGUCAUUGGUGGAGUAGCGUGCAAGUUGAAGAAUAGACGAGCUGGAGCCCAACUAAUUAACAGAACAAAGGAACUGAACAGAAUCAUCAGUGACGACAUGGGUCCACCUGACUCUUCGCAUGAACAGCUUGCGUCUUCUCCAGCAUCGUAUCUUCAACUCCACUCCAUGACUUCCGAAGGCAAUUCACCUGGAUUUCCUGAUUCUCAAGUUGUGCAGUUUGAAAACAAAGCAUUUGAUCCCCAGAGCGUGAACUCUGAGAAAUAAAUUGAAGGAAAUGAAGGAAAAGAAGGGGAAGAAAUUGUUCAUGACACAGUAAAUAGUGUGUUUUGAUUUGGCUCUAUUCGUCUCACUGCUCUCUUCAAAUAAGGAUAUAAUCCUCUCGGAACGUAGUUAUAUCUGGCCUAUGAUCGCAGGGUCGCAAUUGCACAUUAGACUAAGUACAGCCGCCUAGUUCUCGUUUAAAAAAAAUCAUUGAAUACAGUAGCGCUGUUGUGGCCCUGAGAUGAGUGUAGCUAUAAUUUGAAAAGGCCAUGUCUUUUGCUAUUCAAUAAAAGAAGUAGUCUUUCACUUGUACCCUAAACUGAAAAUUUAGUUUCAAUAAUUUUAGGUGAUGGAGUACUUGCAAGUAAUUAGUAGAACACUUCUAAAUCAAGGAGUUUUUUUUUUUAUGUCCUUAUCAUCGUGUUCUUUAUAUCCAUGCGGUAGAUGAUCAUAGAAUAUUUGUAAUAAAAUAUUUUUUAGUUAUGAUCAUUUGA